CGUUCUACGGGCUCGGCGUCCCCUGGAGACCCCCCAUCCAGGGUGACACCUUUGCUGCUGCUCUCUCCCUGUCUCUGCAGGGGGACCAUGGCCGAGUUCACACGUCAGCGGGGCAAGCGGCAGGAUGACAGUGGGCUGGGCAGUGUCCUCGACCUGCUGUUGGCCAACGCCAGGCUGGUGCUGGGCGUCAGCGGCGCGGCUGUGCUGGCCAUCGCCACGCUGGUCGUCAAGAGGCUGAUUGACCGAGCCACCAGCCCUCGAGAUGAUGGUGACCCCAAGGCUGAGCAGAAGACCCUGGAGGAGAGCUGGCAGGACUUGGCCUUGAUCAAGGCGACACCAAAACCUCCCAAGAAGCAGAGAAGGGAAGACCUCAGUGCGCCUCUGCUCUCUCCAGCUCGGCCCCCAGUGCCAGAGCCCAAGGUCUGCACUGCCCCUCUGGAGACCCCUCGGGUGGAAUCCAACCCUCCACGCUGCCUCACACUGCAGGAGAAGCUCCUCUCCCACUACAGCAGCUGGCUGGCCCUGUCCAAGGGGCAAGCAUCCCUCACCCCCCAGCUGGCCAGGAGCAUCAGCACCCAGCUGCAGAACUUCCUGCGGAGCAAGUGCCCAGAGCUGCCCUUUGGCAGCCUCUUCCUCAGUGGGCCCCUGCUCGAUGGCCUUGGGGCGCUGUCUGCUGACCACAUCCACUUCAUGCUGCCGGUGGUCCUUGACCCCACGCUCUGGAGCCUCAUCCCAGGAGAGGACACCGUGGUGAGGAACCCCCGCUACUGGAUGAUCAAGAGAACCGACCUGGAGUAUUUCCCUCGUGGGUCCAGCCCCUGGGACAGGUUCAUGGUGGGCCAGUACCUCUCCUCCAACGCACUCAACGAGAGCCUCCACAAGCUGCUGGUGGCCUCCAUCAACUGGCCAGCCAUCGGCAGCCUGCUGGGCAGCCUCAUUCACCCGGUUGUGGCCUCCCGGGAGCUGAAGCUGGAAGUCAAACACGACCAGGUGGAGCUGAGCAUCACUCUCUUCCCCACGGUGGAAAUGGAGGGCAAGGUUCUGCUCUCUGCUCCUCCCGAAGGACUGGUGGAAAACCUCUGGCUGGAGAGCUUUGCCAGGGCAGAGGCCUGGAAGGUGAGGGAGCUGGAUGCUGGGGACUCCGGGGCGCGGCAGCUCUGCCUCCGCGUCCUGAACGGCGUCUGCAGGACCCACCCCGCCCUGCACAAGCUCAGCGGCAGCCCCUUGACCCACGCCGUGCUUCACCUCAGUGCCACCACCUCGGACUGGGCAGAAGAGAGCCUGGCUGACAGGUUCCAGCAGGUGCUGGAGGAGCUGGUGGGCUACCUGGAGAAAGGGGUCCUGCCUUCCUAUUUCAACCCCAAAAUCAACCUUCUCUGUGAGCUGCUGGAAGAGGAAAUCGAUGAGAUGGGUUUCAUGCUCUACAGAGCCAUAUCUGAGCCAGAGCUCCUGCUGAAGGACAAAUGA